CAUGCGCGCGCGUCAACCAGUCUCUCUGCGGCCGCUGUGCAAAGUGUUAGGACUUACUCGUAGGCAAAAUGUGCGGGGAAAUGGGAAAGGCGGUUCUGCGGGCGCUGACCGGCGCGCUGCUCUGUGGGCUCGUAUCGGACGCUGCAUAUUUGCAGAGUUACGAGCAGUAUCCUAUCCGUUAUGAGCAAGCUGUAUACCGCAAGCCCCUCCGCGAACACGAGAAGCCGCAAGACUUGCGCAACGUGCCGGGGGUCCCCGGCGUAGACUACCCCGUCUACCAUGAAGUUCCCGAGACUGGCUUCUCUUGUGCACACGUGCCUGUACACCCUGGAAUGUACGCUAAUGUAGAAACUGGAUGUCAGGCCUACCACGUGUGCCACGACGGGCGAGAAGGCCACCAAGGGGCAUCUUUCCUUUGCACUAACGGCACACUCUUCGACCAAGAGAAGUUUGCCUGCGACUGGUGGUACAACGUCGACUGUGGCCAGGCUAUAGCACAUUACAAAUUAAAUGCAGAUCCCCGUAAAAACCCCUACGUCCCAAAACCAAAACACGAAGAAGAAUUAGAACACGAAGCACCUCUCGGCAUUCCCUAUAAAAGGAUUUACCAUUAAAUUUA